AUGAGGGGUAAUAACUGGGUCCAACCCAAUGUAUUCUUCGGAGAGAAAGUGUUUAUAGAAGGCGUGGAACUUGUUGAUUGGGAUCAUAAGAGCAAAGUAGACGGGAAAAUACAUGCUUGUGCACACGAUGCCCAUGUUGUGAUGCUUCUCGGUGCUGCAAAGAUACUGCAAGAAAUGAAAGAUAUAUUAAAAGCUACUGUUGUUCUUAUAUUCCAACCUGCCGAGGAAAAAGGCACCGGAGCGAAGCUGAUGGUUGAAGAGAAUGUGCUCAACAAAGUGGAGGCAAUCUUUGGCAUUCAUUUAAUGCCACAUAAAUUUCUCCCCCAAGGUGUAGUCGCAUCGCGGCCCGUCGAAUUAGGAGCAGGCUGCGGAAGCUUUCUUGUCAAAAUCGAAAGGGAUCAACAAUGCCUCAAUCCGGUUUUAGCGGUUGCUUCAUCAAUCGUAAGCCUGCAACAAUUAGUGUCAAGGGAGGUCGACCCAUUGGAUUCCCAGGUGGUCACGGUUGCAAUGGUCCAUUCAGGGACCGAUGAAUCAGUGGCAUUCGGAGUGAGCUUCAGAGCAUUUGGAAGACAGAGCUUCAAUAAUUUUAGAACAAGAAUAAAAGAGAUCAUCCAAGGGCAAACUGGUGUCUACAUGUGCUCUGCAGAGGUUGAUUUUGAGAGUAACCAUGCAACAAUUCCUCCAACAAUCAACGAUGAGGGAGUAUACCAACUAGGAAGGAAAGCUGCAUGUAUGAUAGUUGGAGAGGAAAAUGUGAGACUGGCCUCCAAGAUCAGCGGCAGUGAAGAUUUUGCAUUCUACCUGGAAAAAGUGUCUGUGACAUUUUUCCAGUUAGGAAGCAAUUCAAAUCACUCAACCCAUAAUCCAUACUUUUCCUUAUUAGAUGAGGAAGCCCUUCCUAUUGGUGCUGCAGUCCAUGCAGCAUUUGUAGUAUUGUGUGUGCUCGCUCGCACGCGCGUGCGCAUGCGCGCGCGUUUGUGUAGAGGGUGGUUUCAAGAGAAAGAUUUUACAGAACUAAUGAUGAGGGAUAAUAACUGGGUCCAACCCAGUGUAUUCUUCGGAUAG